CCAACCCAGCUACAGGCGAGAGCACAGUACUUACACAUAAAUGACAUCACAGCCCUAUGGAGCCCGGCUAAUAAAUCCUAAGUAGCCAGAGGGACAAGGUACAGAACCUACAGGAUUACUACAAGUAACACAAGUGCUGAAGGAGUUCUCCCGAGCAAGAGCCAGGAUAAGCAGAUAAUGCAAGGACAGAUAAACUCUGCAAGUUUGCAUGGAUAGACCUGAGAACCCAGCAUAUUUCACUGGCUGCAUCCACUACACAAGGAGUAGCUGAGAACCAAGUCUGUUUAGGACUUUCUACAUUUUUUUUUUCUGUGUGUGUGAGAGAGAAAGUCUUGCUACACCUCCUUCAUUCUUCUGCUUUCUCUCUUGGAGAAAUUGAGUCUCUGGUUACCAUGGUGAUCCAGCUGAAAGUGAAGAAUAUUUAACAAGGGGGAGGCUGGACCCAGCAGGCAGACAACCUGGUGCCAUCAGGGCUGAGCUCUGGGACUGGGCAGAGAUCACAAGGAAUCAGCAAGUUCUGAGCUCUGUUGGACUGCAAUGAGCAGGGGGUGACACCAAGGCUGCUGGCUCUAAGAGAACCCCCACCCCCUUUCCCCCCCUUUCUGAUGAAUUAUUUAUGAUCUUUGGCAAGCCAGGAGAACUGUAUUCUCACCGUGUGUGGCUGUGUUCAGCAUGUAUCAUUCCCAGUGCCUUGUGACUAUAUAUACCCUGGUUGUCUUCUUGGGACUUCGCAUUGACCAAGGGGUAUGUCAACAUUACCUUCACAUCAGACCUGCACCUAGUGAAAACCUUCCAUUGGUGGAUCUUAUUGAGCACCCUGACCCCAUAUUUGACCCUAAGGAGAAGGACAUUAACGAGACCUUGCUCAGGGGUCUCAUGGCUGGACAUUUCGACCCCAACUUCAUGGCCAUCAACCUACCUGAGGACAGGUUUGCAGGAGAAGACCUUGGGGAGUUGGACCUCCUCUUGAGGCAGAAGCCCUCUGGGGCUAUGCCUGCUGACAUCAAGGGACUGGAGUUGUAUGAAGGUCUUCAGGGCAAGAAGCACAAGUUGAGCAAGAAGCUCAGAAGAAAGUUGCAGAUGUGGCUUUGGAGUCAGACUUACUGCCCUGUCUUAUACACAUGGAAUGACCUGGGCAACAGGUUUUGGCCUCGUUAUGUGAAAGUUGGAAGCUGCUACAGUAAGAGGUCCUGUUCUGUACCAGAGGGCAUGGUCUGCAAAGCUGCCAAGUCUAUGCAUUUGACCGUGUUAAGGUGGAGAUGCCAAAGACGUUUACACCAGAGGUGUGCAUGGAUCCCCAUCCAAUACCCCAUCAUAUCAGAGUGCAAAUGUUCCUGUUAAAAGAAAAUAGGACUCACAAAGACUUCUGCAAAAAAAGGCAUAGCUUUUAUCCGGUUAUUGGUGUGUGCACUGUACUAUGUAGGAAUGUAUAUGUGUGUAUAUAUGGUAUCAGUUUAAAUUACUAUUAAAAGGUCAGUAUUAUUCUUUUAAAUCACCAGUGUCUACUGUAUUUCCAAGACUUAAGUAAUCUGGUUGUGUUUAAUUUUAUUUUAUUAUAAUUAUUUUUAAUAUUUUUUUUUUUUCCUUAUUGGCUAAUGUAUCUGUAUUUAUAAACAAAGAGCUCUUCGCAUUGCGAAUGUGUUUUUUUUUUUUAAAUUACUUUUAUUUUAUUAUUUUUUUAAUACAAAAUGUUUUCCCAUUUUAGGGAAUUUUUUUUUUAAUGGACCUCAGAUAACAUCCCCCCCCCAGCUCCCCCUAAAAAAAAAAAAAAAAAAAACAGAGUGAGAUAUUUUUCAGCUAUUGUACAUAGAGAACACAUUUUUUGGGGGAAUGAAAAAAAAACACAUUAAAUAAUUAAUCUUGUAAAAAAAUGAAGACUAUGCUAUUUAUUCUUUUAUUUUUAUUCAUCCCCUUGUAGUAAAAGUUAAACAGUGCAGAAUAAAUGAGAACCACUAAAUAUGAAACCGGUGCAGUCAUGUCAUGUUUAUUAAAAAAAAGAUUGUUUGUGGUUAACAUGCUUUUUUUCAGUGUCAAACUCUGCUUAAACCAGAUUGCUUGUAGUGAUGGUAUUGUUCUUUUUUUCCAUUUUUUUUUUAAAACCAAAAGUUUAUAAUAUGUUGACAUGUUAUAAAAUAGCAACUCUGUUUUUUAAAAAAAAAUAAUAAUAAUAUUUUUUGGGGGGGAUACAGGGGAUAUUUCUGUUUUUAUCAGAAAGGGUCCUUGUGUAGUUUGCCAAAGGCUGUGCGUUCUGUGAGUGCACACUGUGGGUUCCCUGACAUCCCAUUUAGAAUACAGCACGUGGCUUUCACACCUAGUUUGUGAAACUUGACCCUUUUAGGUGCAGAGCAAACUGUGUUUCCUUUGACUAAGCUGAUUCCACUGCUGUUGAGUUUUCCCCUUCUGUUACUCAAGCCUACACACACUUGUGAUGAUGACUGUUAAGUUGUACAGAAGCGUUUUCCCAUUGAUAACAUAAGUAUCCCCAUCUCCCCUAUCUGUGAUUAGGAUCUAAAGUAGAGGAGGACUUAUAUCAAAGUCAACAUAAAUUCUAUCACUUGUGGUUUGGGAGGUGAGGAAAAGGGGGGUAGGGUGGAAGGGAGAAGUGUCUUUUUAUCUGAUCAGUGAUUAAUGGCCAUGAGUGACAUCAAUAGGGGAAGACUCAGAGGUGUCAGGGUAUUUGUUAGUUGAUUGUUUAAAAUCAACAGCACAUACAACACAAAGGGGAUUGAGCAAUCUAUAGUAAUGAGGACAUCAGAGGAGAUAAGGUCAUCUCACUCCUGUGUAUUCAGCAAACACCUUCUUUUUAGAGAAGCAGUGUUUUUCAAACCAGUUCUCAUGGACCAACAAGGCUCCAGAUUUGUCAUGAUUAUAAUAAAAUAGGUGGAUCAUGCAUAGAUCAAAUGUUCUACGCAAUGUACAGCUAGAACCCCCCCCAUCGGUUGUGUGUCGUAGUUCUGUUAUAUUGAUGGUUGAAGAUCACAAAUGCAGAAUCUGCAGCGUGAUAAUAUACUUCUCUCUUACUUUUGCUUUUAUAUCUCUAACCUAUGCCGUCAUGUGGUACACAUAGGAAAAAGCCCGCAGAGAAAUGGGCACUAUUGACCCGAGCGGCACUCAGUAAGCUAGAGUGAGGGGUGAUUAUAGGAUUGUAGCUUCCGCAGGAUCUGACUAGGAGAAAUGCACCAUUUAAAUUAUUAAUAUUUUUUUUUGUUACUGGCCACAAAUCAUGUUUGUAAUCUAGCGGUGAAAUUCGUUAGGGAAUGGGUUAAUAAAAGCACUAUAUUCACAUAUUACAAGGGAGGGAUUGACCCCACCCCAUGAUAGCUGAAAAAAACCUUCCCACCACGUGAGAAUUUGAAGUGUCACUAUGUCUCGUACGGCAGGCUUGUAGUAGUUGUUUGAUAGCUAUAUCCAUUAACAGAUUGUGGUUCCCAUUCUUCCAACAAAAAGGGAUUCAGCGUCCCGUCUCUACGUUUUGUAUUUCCUUGUAGAUUCUUAUGAACCGUCAUUUAUGAAUUCGUCAUUUUAGCGUCAUCUGAGAGUGCACAUAGACCUUCCCUCUUCUCUAUCUUGCUAUCAUAUGAAAUAUUUAUUGUGUUUUUAUUUUGCUCAAAUUCCACCGCUUACUGCUUUUUAAUUAAAUGUGUCUUGUAUAAAUAUCUCCUCUGAUUUUUUGUCUUUUAUAAAUCUAUGUUUUUGUUUUUUUUCAAGCCUCAAAUAUUCACCCCCCCCUCCCUCCACUGGAAGGGUUAAGUGCAAUUUGGGGGUAUUUAUUAGCUGUAAUAUAGAGGAAGAUCUGUCUUAUCCCUCUUUACAACAAGACGUCCUGCCCACUCUGAG